AUGACGACUGAUAUUAUGAUCUAUUACAAAAAGAAACAUACACCUCCACCGUCUGUUUUAUUGUUAACCGUUCCAUCUGAUACUAUGAGUCGUCAAAAACAUCUUCAUGAUGAUCUACGCUCCCGUAAUAGAUUACUACGCCGUCAGGCUCGGCAACCACCAGCAACCACUCUCGAUAUUCAACCUAAACAUAAUACGGAUGUUGAAAAUUAUUUAUCAAAUGCACAAACGUAUAAUUGGCAACGUCAAGAAGCAAAAGCAUCUGUUAUCAACAUGGCAGCUGAUAUUGUUUACAAAAAUACGUAUAUGAAUGAUAGCGAUCCACGUUCAAAAUCUUCCGCAUCUGGUGAUCGUUCUCCACGACGAUCAAAUGAUGUUUCUGCAUUUCCUCGAUUAAAAACGGCUCCAAAUAAUUUGUCAAAAUUCAUAACACCAUCAUCGAAACCAGUUCCAGUACUAACACGUGGAAAUACUUCGGACUCGUUUCACUCAGAUCGUGUUCAAUAUCGAACGAUCUAUGAUUACAUACGAGAAUCGAUUCGUUCCGUUGUUCAACAACGAAAUUUAAAACAAUACAAUUUUUCCACACGAAUUAAACGACCACAGAACGAAGACAUAUUUCUUCGACGGGCAUUAGACAAAAGAAAUCAUUAUCAAUAUAACAAAAACGACGAUGAACAUUCAUCAUCAACAACAGCAACUUAUUUCAGUAAUGAACUAAAAAGUCCGCAAAGUUUUGUUAACUAUGUCAAUCAUUCAAGAGAAAAAACAUCAUUAACAGAGCAAACAUCGAAAAGUGAUUAUUAUAGAAAUACGAGUAAUGUUUACAGUGAGACCGAACAGAUCGAACAAAAACCGAUUAAUAGCUAA